GUUCUUAUUUCAGACUUUAGCCAAAUUAUCAAUUUUUAGACCUCGUCGCAAAAAUGGUCGUAAAAAAAAAAUAUUUCUAAUGAAGACGGAAAAUGUCGUGUACAGUGGCCUUAAACGCUUCAAGCGUUCAUUAGCUGUCAAAGGAAGGAGUAGGAAUUCUGUUUCUUUUUACCAAACGUUUAACCACAUGUUAAUAUUUGGUUAGGAACAUUCGUGUCAUGGCGGUUUGUGGAUUAGUUGGAAAUGGUGCAGUUCUGGCAAUUAUUUUAAUUCUCUGUUAAAAUGUCAGUAAAAGUGCAGUGAAGGUCUUUUUGGUGAAGUUAACGUGGUUAUCAGUGUUGAUAAAAGUUGGAAUUCGCCUAAAUAGUGCGGGAUAGGACUGUAAAGUGUAAGUUAACAGUGAUCGUGCUGAAAAACGGUUCCGUUUAGUGGAGUGUGACAGUGUUCAAUGGCGUUCGCUUAAUUGCAAUCAAUGGGUGACCGAACAUAGUUAAAAGUAUGUUCUUCGUUGUACAAUCGUAAGUUGCGUCUAAUACAUAUAGGUAUGCACAUUUAUAUUAUCUCAUUGCGCAGUCACAACCUUGUGCGGCGUCAGUACACAUACACACGCACGGGCCUUCUUAACUGCAAAGUCUAGGCAUGCUCUAUGUAUCGCAUAUCGUCUUUUGUGUUGUGUCGAGUGCGUAUCUGAUGUAGUUCUGUAUUGUGGUGUUGGUGUUUCGGCGACGGUGUACAUUUCUGGAACAAGCAUGUCCAUAAAUUCUUUUGUUAUGCUUGUGCAUUGCUUUAGUUGUGUGUGUAGUAUCAGUUAAGCCAAGAAUACAUGAUGCUUCUUCUUCUUCUUCUUUUGUCGAGGUGUUUCACGAUACGGCACAAAAGUCCAGCUUCCUCCCGGGUAGCAAUAUCAACAUACCUUCUCGUUCUGUCUUAUGAACAAUCAAACCUGCCAAAGCGAGAAAGCAUGUUGGUUUGGCUGGUCGGGCUGGGCCCUCCUGCGCUAAUUCGCGAAUUUGUAUAUACAAGCACCUCUAGGUGUGUGGACCGACAACUAAUGGUCAUAUGUCCCUAUUUUUCUUCUGAGAUGUUCCGGUAAUAUUUUUUGGGGGUUUGAUGUUGCUUAGUUUUUUUUUUAAAGGUCUGGCGAGUUCGGGGUUGUUGCAGAUUUGUUUAUACUUGCCGCUUCUGUUCUUUGUUGUUUUGUUUUUUUUUUCCUGUUCUGUACUAGACUCAUUAGAGUAUCCCUCUCCACGGAAAUCAUUAGCAAAAGGCGAAAGAUUUAUUCGACAUCUGAAGAGAGAUCAGAGUGAAUACAUGAUGCAUACUUGUAUGCGGCGACAACUGACAGCUCCCGUUUUUCUUGGAAUUUCUUUUGUUCUUGGCGAGGCGUCGCUCGUGUAGUUGUAGCUAUCGUGUGGGACCCCCAAGGCGUUUGCCAUAGACGCAGCCGUCAACUAUUUGUCAAACGAAGAUUCGUUGUGUUUAUAAUUGAAUUCAUGGGUUUGAUUAUGGUAUCGUAAAUUCAUUUCAAAUUCAAAUUCAAAUGUUCAUUUCAAAUUUUAAAAUAUCAAUAUUUGUGUUAUAAAUUAUUAGUAAAAUAAAGUUUAACACAUUCAGCACAAUUAAAUCGGGAAUGAAACAUUCUUAUGUAACUAAAAACCAACAUUAAUAGGUGUACAGAGUAUACAGCAUGAUUCCGCAUUACGCAGUAUUGGAUAAAUACAGGACUUGUUUACUUUUAUUAUGCGAAGUUAAUAGUUAUGUGUUAAACACGCUAAAAAAUAUUUAUGUUUUUUUGUUCGAACUUUAUUAUUGUGUAGAAAACUCGAAGUUCGGGGAAAACCAUAUAACGCGAUUUAACAAUUAACAAUACAUUUUAACAGAAUACAGUGGGAGCUGUUGCUUAGAGUGGAACGCCAAUGUUUAUUGUGUACUGUAGUAUUUCACAAGUUGUCCUUGUUGUGCAUUGUUUUCAGUAAAGAAAGUAAAGUUCGGACAUGGAUAUGGAAACAGAGGAAGUAAUCCCUGCCAUUGCUGCAGCAGUAGCUACGCUAGCUCUACUAUUGAUAGAAGAGCAGGAGGAGGAGGAAGAAUCGCGAUCAGAAAAUGGCCGGAUCUGGGUUACGGAUUUGUUUUUGGAAAGGGAAGAUGUGUGGAACCGAUUGUUCCAGGCAAUCGAUGGAGAAGGUGCCAACAACCGGAUGAACGAUUUUCUGCGACUCAAUCGGGAGGAGUUCCAUCAUGUUUUGUCUUUAAUCGGUCCAAAAAUAUGCAAAGUAGAUACAACAAUGCGUAAAGCAAUAACUACAAAGCAACGGCUUGCCAUCGCGCUUCGCUUUUUGGCCUCUGGGGACUCAUAUGAAUCGCUAUCCUUUAUGUUUAGGGUCUCAAGUCCAUCUGUAUCCCGGAUCGUGCAGGAAGUUUGUGAUCAUAUAAUACACGAGCUAAAGGAAUAUGUGAAGCUGCCUUCCAAUAAAUCAGAAUGGUUGAAAAUUUCAAAGGGAUUCGAAGAACAAUGGAAUUUCCCGCAUGUCAAUGGUACCAUCGACGGUAAACAUGUCCCUUUAAAAGCACCAGCGAAUUCCGGAAGCCAGUUUUACAAUUACAAACACAAUUUUAGUAUUGUGUUGUUAGCAAUAGCGGACUCAAAUUACAACUUUCUUUUCGCUGACGUCGGUUGCCAGGGGAGAAUAUCGGAUGGCGGUGUUUUAGCAAACAGUCCUAUAUACCCAAAACUGGAACGCAAGGAGUUAAAUAUUCCCGAUCCGGAAAUUCUACAAGUUCCCUAUAAGAUCGAAGUGCCAUUCUACUUUCUAGGGGACCAAGCGUUUGCCAUGAAAGAGUACUGUCUGCGGCCAUUUGGAGGCAUGCAUGCUGCAGAUUCAAUGGAACGCCAUUUCAACUAUAGACAUUCUCGAGCACGACGUACAGUAGAAAACGCAUUCGGUAUCUUAGCUAGAGUAUUCCGGGUUUUAGCUAAGCCUAUGGAUUUGGAACCUCGAAUUGCAGAAAAAGUUGUUCUUGCAGCUAUAUGUCUGCACAACUUUAGACGAGGACACUUAUUGUACAACUAUUCACAUACACUACUCCCACGCACUACAAAUCAAGACAAUACAUGUCUAAACUCCGAAGAGUACGACGAUGUAUCAGCACCAGCUUCAAUGCUGCCUAUCCCGGGCGUUCCAAUAAGACCGACCAGAGCAUUGCAAAACAUGCGAAAACAUUUAGCACGGCACAUAAUGUUCAAUAAUCCAUUGCCCUAUCAUCUGCCGCAACCCCAGAGAGCUACACAAUAAAAUUGUUAUAAAAUUGAAUUACUUACACUAUUUACUGUUGGUCGCGGUGCUGUCGCGUCGUGCAGGAAUGACAUGUGCUCGAACGCGAACCAACAGUUUUGUAGCACCUCACUGGAUCCUGGAAAUAAUCAUUAUAAAAGAAUAAACAUUAUAUAACUAAAACAUUCUAUAAUAUAGAUUCGUAAAUCAUUCACCUGAUCCGGUCACUUGGCUUCGUGCUAUCUCCUUCUUCGUGCGCCGGUACGUGUUCAUCAGAUUCUUCCACUUUUGGUGGACGUCCUCUGAUGAAUGACCCAUGUAUGACCCGAUUUCUACCCAUGCCUGGUGUCGGAUCUCAGCAUUUUUAUACUGACGAUCCGAGUCCUUCCACAGGCAUGGGU